UGGGACGCGCCGCCGCCGCCACUGCUUCCGCCGCCGCCACCGCCGCCGCCGCCGCGGCUGUGCGUUCGGCGGGGGAGGAGUCGGAGGCGGAGAAGAAGGCGGUGGUGGCGGGUGGAGGAUCGAGCGCUGCUCUCGCUCCGGAGCCGCUAAGCAUUUCGGAAUCCUCUGCUGUUUAUCCAUUGUGUCAGCAAAAAAGUAAAUCACAUCCAUAAUCUCAUUGAACUGGGCAACCCAAAACUUGCAUAUAUGUCACAGUAUACUGAAAAAGAACCAGCAGCAAUGGAUCCAGAAUCCAAGGCUGCCUGGCCCAAACCUGCAGGAGGAUAUCAGACAAUUACAGGCAGGAGAUAUGGAAGAAGACAUGCAUACGUCAGUUUUAAACCAUGUAUGACCAGACAUGAAAGAAGCUUAGGUCGGGCUGGUGAUGACUAUGAAGUAUUGGAACAAGAUGAUGUUCCAAAGGAAGUUUCCUCAGGUUCCAGUCCAGUAGAUCAAGAUCAUUCUUCUUUAUCCAACAACGCUUUAAUUGAAAAAAAUGAAACAGAAAUUCCUGUUUGUGAUACAGCAUUGAAUCAGACCACUGAGAACAGUUUGCCCCUUGCUGCAGUACAUCAUAGCGAGGAAGGCAGGGAGAAUGUAGACAGCAGUACGAGUCCUCAUAGUCACUCUGAGGGGGGAAAUACCCCAGGAGCUUAUGCUUCAAGUGUGCAAAAUGGAAUUUCAUUAGUUCAGACUGACUCUGAUGAUCCAAAUAGCAGACAUGGAGAGGAUAAUAAUCAUCUUCAGCUUUCUGAAGAAGUUGUGGAAAGUGAUAGAUAUCAGGAAGCAUUGGGAACUACAGUAUUUGGGUUGGAAAAAGGAAAGGCAGGGGUAUAUACUAGUGUUUCCCCUCCAGUUCCUUCUUUUAACUGUGAAAUAAAAGAUAAGAUUGAAGAGCUAGACUCAGCACCUUUAAUGAAAAGUCCUACUAUUGAGGAUACUGAAUUUGCCCAUCAGAACAAUAAAGAGGUUCAGAGAUCCUCUUCUGAAGAUGAGGUUGUUAGAAAGAAACAACAGAAUUCUACUAGCCAGGAAAGACCCACAGAAAAUUCAACUGAAGAUUCAGCCUGUGCUCCAGGGCACACAAACAUUGAACAAAAUACCAGAGAUAGAGAAAAAAAUAAGGGAAGUUCUCCUGAACAGGUAGUGAGGCCCAAAGUUAGAAAAGUGGUAAGUGCGAGUCAGGUGGACCAAGAAACAGGAUUUAAUAGGCAUGAGGCCAAGCAAAGAAGUGUUCAGAGGUGGAGGGAGGCUUUGGAAGUGGAGGAAAAUGGCUCAGAUGACCUCCUAAUAAAGUGUGAAGAUGAAUACCAUGGAGAGCAUGACUGUAUGUUCUUGGAACAACCUCUUGCAAGAAUUAUGCCAAGGGAGCUAGAACAUAACCAUAACCACAUGGCAGCAGAAGGUGGAGCCACGGCCGGAAGACAAGGAGUUGUGGAUCACACCUUUUGGAAUGGCUGUGGAGAUUAUUACCAGCUAUAUGACAAAGAUGAAGAUAGUUCAGAAUGCAGUGAUGGGGAAUGGUCUGCUUCUUUGCCUCGUCGAUUCUCUGGUACAGAAAGAGAUCAGUCCUCAAGUGAUGAAAGUUGGGAGACUCUGCCAGGAAAAGAUGAAAAUGAACCAGAACUACCGAGUGAUAACAGUGGGCGUGGAGAAAACCAAGAAUUAACUCUUCAGGAAGGGGAACAGACAUCCUUGGAAGAGGGUGAAAUUCCUUGGUUGCAAUACAAUGAAGUCAAUGAAAGUAGUAGUGAUGAGGGCAAUGAGCCUGCCAAUGAAUUUGCACAGCCAGAGGCUUUCAUGCUGGAUGGUAACAACAAUCUUGAGGAUGACUCCAGUGUGAGUGAAGACCUAGACGUGGACUGGAGCCUGUUCGAUGGCUUUGCAGAUGGCCUGGGAGUUGCUGAAGCUAUUUCUUACGUGGAUCCCCAGUUUCUCACCUACAUGGCACUGGAAGAACGCUUAGCCCAGGCGAUGGAGACUGCCCUGGCACAUUUAGAGUCUCUUGCUGUUGACGUUGAGGUGGCCAAUCCACCAGCCAGCAAGGAGAGUAUCGAUGGUCUCCCAGAGACCCUUGUUCUUGAAGAUCACACUGCUAUUGGUCAAGAGCAGUGCUGCCCAAUCUGUUGCAGUGAGUAUAUCAAGGAUGACAUAGCAACAGAGUUACCCUGCCACCAUUUCUUUCAUAAACCUUGUGUCUCAAUUUGGCUACAGAAGUCAGGAACUUGCCCUGUGUGCCGCCGUCAUUUCCCACCUGCCGUUAUUGAAUCCUCUGCAGCUGCUGCUCCCUCAGAGCCUGAGCAUGAUGCUCCACCUUCAAGUGACAAUACUACAGAAGCCUCCUAAACCUUUACCUUGAAGAUGAGUCUAGCAAAGUAAAUCUGCAAAUUCCUCCUAAGUCUGAUGUGCAAAUAAUUAUAUAUAAAUAUAUCAAAAUGCUAUAUAUAGUCUAUGCCAUCGUUUAGAAAGAGACUAUUAACCUUUCUAAACUAAAUUUAGGUUUGCAGAAAGUACUAAACAUUUUCAAGCUGACUGUUGAAACAGUGCAUCCAUUUAAGUCUUUAGUUGAGUAUGUUGUAUUGGGUCAAGUUUAUCAAUUCUCUCCAGAAGAAAUAAUGAUCUAUGUGGCUCACAUUAUUGGCUUUGUCUGAAGUAUCGCCACUAAGUGAUUAAAAUUAAGGUUUUCUGUUGACAUAAGAUGUCACAACAGUGAUAAAAUUGGGUUUCAUUGGAAAUAAAAGAAUUAUAAAGCAAGUUUUUCAAUGGUCCCUUUGCUUUUGCCACAUUAAACCAUCUUGGUUCAUUGUACUGAGUGUAUUUUUAGAGACAUGUCUGCUCUUUCAUCUUUGUUUAUAAUUGGGAACUUUUAGAAUACCAAGCAAAGAAGACUAAAAUUCUAAUUAGAGCAUCACAAAAUUUUUAAAUCUUAAAUACAGUCCCCCUCUGCUAUGGUUAGGUAGUCAAAUAAAUUAUUUUUAAAAUGGUGAAUGUGCUUAAUAUAAGACUAGUAAAAGCAUCUGGAUUUUUGAGUAUUGCUGGUACUUGAAGGAAGGUUAACAAAUCCUGUGAACAAGGCACUGUGCUCAGUGUUCGGUAAAUGAGAUAAAUUAGAUGGCCUUAUUAUUUCUACUUGUUUAAAGUGAUACACGAAGGUCCAGACGACUCAUGACACAUUUCUUUAAUAAAUAUUGAAUAUAGUUAGUUCAAAGUAAUUUUGGAUAAGAAAUAUUUUGGAAGGUGUGAAAACAUGCAUAAAUAUCUAAGCAUUAAUUCCUUUGUAUUCAAAAGGAAUUUUUGGUUCCUUAAAAGACUAGAAAGUUAAUUGUUCUAAUUUGUAUAAAGCAUGAUGUCGAUAGGGAUUGAUGGGCCAUACCUUUUACAGCAUAUGUAGACUUUACCGUUAACUUAUUGUUUUUUUUUUUAAGUAUUUCUGAACAAAGAAUAUUGAUAUUGCAUUAUUAGUAUUUCUUUAUUCUAAUAUAUUGGGUAAAAUUAUUCAUGUAGAAAAAAAUGGGUAGUUUAAAUUCAGUCAAAUGAAGCCAUUGGUAAGAAGAUAAUAGAUUAUAUGAUUGCCUAGUGUGAACAAAACUGAAUAUGUAUUAUAGUUCCUUUCUUAUUUCCUUUUCUCUAAAGGAGAAAAGAAGUUCUUAACCUCAGAUUUACCAUUUAAAGGAGUUCUGUUCACACUCUUCUACAAAAAAUGGGGAGAUCAACUUUCCUUAUUCUUUAUGGUAAUUUGUCCCACAGAGUUAUCUUUGUAAUUAUAUAACCCCAAACUAAGAUUACAGAGCUUUAACUGAUCACACACUGAGUAGCAAUUGUGUACAAAUAUGAAAAUAAUAUUUAAUUUACAGAUGUGGUUUAAUAUCAAUACCAGACAGCACUGGGUGUUAGAAUGCUAUAUUUGAACAAGUAAAAUAGCAAAGCACUUAAGUGAGUGUACACCCACCCAUCCAACUAAUGCAUUGGUAAUUUAGUUUGGACAUACACAUAUUUAUAUGGCUUCUCAAAUACAAAAACACAUAUUAUAUGGGUAUUUUUUCUGAUUAUUUAUUUUGUUUCUUCCUUCUUAAAAAUAAAUGAAUUUUCCACUGUUUGCACAUUUGAGACUUAAUAUAACACUCGCAUUCUAAUUUUUGCAUAUAUUGUAAAUGUGUCUGGUAUUUACUGCAAAAUACUGUGUAUCCUUUAUGGGUAAAACAAAACUGAACAUUGCAUGCAUGUAAUGUGACUGUAAUUUAGGGGUUCUCUGGGGGCUUCUGUGACUUUGGAAAUGCUUACAUUCAAGCCUUAAUGUUGUAUUAGCUAGCAUGUUUUCCUUCUGAUGUAUAUAGUCAUCUGUUGUAUAAACUAAUCUUUGCUUGUUUUCUACUCUGUGAUUUUUCCAUGCCAUAUUUCAUUCAUGAUCGUUAGUGUCAAGGAGUCAAAUCAGAUUAAAAUUAAUUCUCAUAUGUAUAUUGUGGAAAUGUGUGGUUAGUGUGAUUUUUUUUUUUUGUUUGUUUCCAGGAAUUUGUGGCUAGUGUGACUUUGUUUUGUUUUCUUUAAGUAAUAUCGGUCAGUUGUAACACUUGACUGGUUAAACUGACUCUAGUACAGAUUUCUCUGUAAUAAGCCACACAUUAUAUUUAGGCAGCGUUAAGGGACCGUGGUUUUUUUUUUUUUUCUCCUUAAUAGCAGCUGUCCCAAAGAAAAUAUUUCUUCUUUGCCUAUUAAGAUUUAGCUAUUAUCUGCCAGCUGUUAUGAGGUUUUGGUUCCAAACUCAACUAGCAGUGUUUCAGGCUGAACUUAAUAUAACUGUUUAAUAUAACUGUUGUACUUUUUGCUCCCCAUCUGUCACUGUCCUUCAUUCCUGGCUCUCCACUAUCUGUAAGCAGCUGCUAUGAAGGAGAAAAGUUGCAUAAGAGUUGGAUUUUUUUGUUAUAUAUAAAGGAAAAUUGAGGUUUUAGGAUUUUCAUUGUAACAGGCUAUAAACCAAGAUUGACAGGUUCAAACCCCAGAAUAUUGUUUGAUCACAUCUUGGAUUUCAUUGAGGAAGUUGAGACUAUAUGAAGGUAAAUUAGAAAUAAGUAUGACUUAAUAAAAAUACUGUUUCUCCUUCACUAUAUGUUAAGUGACUUGACCUAAUUUUAUUUUUUUAAGCAUUUUCUUAUUUCCUCUAAUAUGAAUGCUGAUAUUUAAAGAUAGAUCCAUGUGGUUUUCUUUUGUGAUUCUAAAUUAUCUUUAAGCUAACUCUUAAAGUUAUUUGUGAUCUGGAUUUAUAUAUAAGCUGUUAAAAUAUAUAUUAACUGUUAAAAUGGAAUGCAAGGUUUUCAAAAGCCCAGGUCUAGAUGUAAUGAUUGGUUUAUUGUUCUACAAUCUCAGUCCAUCAUUUUCCGUGUAAAUCAUAAACAAUAAAAAGGAUAUACUCA